AUGAGUGAAGUACCUUGGAGUGCAGCCUUACCGUGGAGUGCUAGCUUUCGAAGGGGGUGCGAGGUAGGGUGGGUGGGACUCGUCACUCGCCACUCGCGGGUGAAAAGAAAAUUCGCGGGUGAAAAGAAAAUUGAAGAAGGGUUAGGGCUUGCCCGUUUUCGAUUUCUUCUCUGUCUCCGCGCUCUUCUAUUCGUGAGUCGUGAUCCAGCACCGCCACCGUGCACCGUGCUCCGUCGUGCCACGCCACCGCGCACCGCCACGGGUUUGGCAUGGCAAGGAGACAGAGCAGCAGCGAGAGUGAGAAUGACACGAGAAAAUGCAGUGGUAGCGAAUCUGAGGAUGAUAAGAGGGAUAGGCAUCGACGUGGUGGUGGGAGUAGUAAGAAGAAGAGUUCCAAAUCAGACCGCUAUCGCAGGGAGGACAAUGGUGGCAGUGAUUCAAUAGAAGAACGAAUGCGAAGUGAGAUGAAGAAUAAGGACUAAAAUUUAAAUGAAUCUUUGCCAUCAAUCCCAAAAGAGAUUGUAAAAGAGGGUAAAAGAGAUUUUUUAACUAUAAAGACUAAAAUGUAAAGUUUAUGAAACUAUAGGUAUCAAACAAUAAUUAAGCCUUUUAAGUUUGAUAACAAGUCUAUCGGUGAUGCUGCAUUUCUUUUUUUUUUUUUUUUUUACAGUUUCAAUUAACAUGCUUUGUGAAAGAUAAAAAA